CAGACAGUGUACCUGCCCGUCAACAAACGACCUUAAGAUAUCAGGAUAAAAGUUGAAGAUCGUUCAAGUUAUUGACCAUGAAUAUCAGUCCGAUGUCAAUCGCUGUUUUGGUGCUAGUGUGUGUCAAUGUGGCGUUUUCUAUUCCAACCAUCUUGGAUUCGUGUUUUUCUUUGUCACGUCACUUCGGAGAUCCUCCAUUUGAAUGUGUGAGAUGGGAGAACCCAGCUCAGCACUGUGUCCGACCUGACUGGCACUGUGACAGCAUAGUAGAUUGCCAAGAUGGAUCUGAUGAACUGGCGGAUGAAUGCGCUGAACAAUUUCAAAGUUAUUGUGACAACGGAUUUAUUGGAAAAUAUUUCAGUGACGGGAGCCUACUGAACAAGUACCAAUGUGACAACGGUAUGUGCAUUGAAGAGUGUCGUCGGUGUGAUGGUGUAUAUAACUGUGCCGAUCUCAGCGAUGAAGCCGACUGUGAAACUAUCCAAUCAGAGAACUGCACCCUGCAACACCAUGGACAAAUCACUGAAAUGCCAGGAGUCGAUCUAUUUUAAUUCUCGCGAUAUCAUUGCAAUCUCGAGAUUGUAUUUCAACUUUUGCGGUAUUGUUUUUUCGAGAUGCAGAUAAUCAAGUAUCCGUUAUACUCUUACACGAACGGGCGUUAUCUGUCAAUAUACAAGAAGUCAUUUACUAAUCAUGUAAAUAUGUAUAUUUUAUGAUAAGAUAUUUAACACCAACGUUGUCAAACUGUUAACAGUAUUACAAUAUUAUUUAUUUGUUUUCUAGGUACUAAUCUGCAUAUUUAUAUUGAAUUAUAUUAUGUUAUGUAUUAUAUACAUAUAUAUUGUAUUGUAUUGUAUUGUUACAGUAUUGGUCCAAUAAAUUACAUUACAUUAUUCAUGU